AUGGCGACCGAACAGCCGCGAUUGCCCACCCGGGAGCGCCGCCCCUCGACCGGAGCUCCGAUUGUGGAUAUCCAGGGUGCCGUGGGUCCCGCUGGCAUCUCGCGUCCCAAGCACAAGAGAACCUCCACGGGCCUGGGUCCCGGGGAGAUUAAGAGCGUCGAAGCAUCCAUACCCGAACCCCAGCGCGAAGCUUGGAAGCGAAACCAGCCCGAAGGCUUCAAGGACAAGGAUGGAUUCGAGAAGGAGGUUGUCCGCCAUGUCGAGACCACGCUCGCUCGGAGCAUGUUCAACUGCGACGAGUCGGCGGCGUACUCGGCCACCAGCCUCGCCAUUCGCGACCGCCUCAUCACCGGGUGGAACAAGACCCAGCAGCGCCAGACGUAUAGAGAUGCCAAGCGCGUCUACUACCUGAGCUUAGAGUUCCUAAUGGGACGCGCGCUGGACAAUGCCAUCCUCAAUGUCGGGCUCAAGGAUGUAGCCAAAGCCGGUCUUGCCGACCUCGGGUUCAGAAUGGAGGACAUCAUCAGCCAGGAGCACGAUGCUGCUCUCGGCAAUGGCGGCCUGGGCCGUCUGGCGGCGUGCUUCCUCGACAGCCUCGCGUCGCUCAACUACCCGGCUUGGGGAUAUGGCCUGCGAUACAGAUACGGAAUCUUCAAGCAGGAGAUCAUCGACGGCUAUCAGGUCGAGGUGCCCGACUACUGGCUGGACUUUAAUCCCUGGGAGUUUCCCCGUCAUGACGUGACUGUUGAUAUCCAAUUCUUCGGCCAUGUCAACAAGAUCGUCAACGAUCAAGGCAAGACCGUGUCUGUAUGGGAGGGAGGCGAGACUGUUGUGGCCGUCGCAUACGAUGUCCCGAUCCCCGGAUACGACACCCCGACCACGAACAACCUUCGGCUGUGGUCCAGCAAGGCAUCGGGAGGCGAGUUUGACUUCCAAAAGUUCAACAAUGGCGACUACGAGAGCUCUGUAGCGGACCAGCAGCGUGCCGAGACGAUCAGCGCUGUGCUGUAUCCGAACGACAACCUGGAGCGCGGCAAGGAGCUGCGGCUGAAGCAGCAGUACUUUUGGGUCGCCGCCUCGCUCCAUGACAUUGUGCGCCGCUUCAAGAAGUCGAAGCGCCCUUGGAGCGAGUUCACCGACCAGGUCGCCAUUCAGCUGAACGACACGCACCCGACGCUUGCCAUUGUCGAGCUGCAGCGCAUCCUCAUCGACGUCGAGGGUCUGGAAUGGGACGUUGCGUGGGAAAUCGUCACCAACACGUUUGGCUACACCAACCACACGGUGCUCCCUGAGGCGUUGGAGAAGUGGCCUGUCGGUCUUGUCCAGCAUCUCCUCCCCAGGCACCUCCAGAUCAUCUACGACAUCAACCUCUACUUUUUGCAGAAGGUCGAAAAGGCGUUCCCCAAGGACAGGGACAUGCUUCGACGGGUUUCCAUCAUCGAGGAGUCGCAACCCAAGAUGGUGCGGAUGGCCUACUUGGCCAUUGUCGGCUCGCACAAGGUCAAUGGCGUCGCGGAGCUUCAUUCGGACCUGAUCAAGACGACCAUCUUCAAGGACUUUGUGCAGAUCUACGGGCCCGACAAGUUCACCAACGUGACCAACGGCAUCACUCCGAGACGUUGGCUGCACCAGGCCAACCCGCGUCUGUCGGAGCUCAUUGCCUCCAAGUGCGGCGGCAACACGUUCCUGAAGGACCUGACGCAGCUCAACAGGCUCGAGGCGCACGCCAAGGACCCCCAGUUCCGACGGGAGUGGGCGGAGAUCAAGUAUGCCAACAAAGUGCGCCUCUCCAGGUACAUCAAGGAGGCGAACGGGGUCACGGUCAACCCAGCGGCUCUGUUCGAUGUCCAGGUCAAGAGAAUCCACGAGUACAAGCGACAGCAGCUCAACAUCUUUGGCGUGAUCCACCGAUACCUGGCUCUCAAGGCUAUGAAGCCCGAGGACAGGAAGAAGCAGCUCCCCCGCGUGUCAAUCUUUGGCGGCAAGGCAGCCCCCGGCUACUGGAUGGCCAAGCAAAUCAUCCAUCUCAUCAACGCGGUCGGUGCCGUUGUCAACAAGGACGAGGAUAUCGGCGACCUUCUCAAGGUCAUCUUCUUGGAGGACUACAAUGUCAGCAAGGCGGAGAUGAUUUGCCCUGCGUCUGACAUUAGCGAGCACAUCUCGACGGCCGGCACCGAGGCUUCGGGAACUAGCAACAUGAAGUUUGUUCUCAACGGAGGCUUGAUCAUUGGAACCUGCGACGGCGCCAACAUCGAGAUUACUCGUGAGAUUGGCGAGAACAACAUCUUCCUGUUUGGCAACCUCGCAGAAGACGUCGAGGACCUUCGCCACGCGCACACCUACGGCUCCCACUCGAUCGACAGCGACCUGGACAGAGUGUUCAGCGAGAUCGAGAAGGGCACGUUCGGAACGCCCGACGACUUUGGCGCGCUGAUUGCCGCCGUGAGGCAGCACGGAGACUACUACCUGGUGUCUGACGACUUCCGCAGCUACAUCCAGACGCACUCCCUGGUCGACGAGGCGUACCGGAACCAGGACGAGUGGGUGUCCAAGUGCAUCACGGCAGUGGCGCGCAUGGGCUUCUUCACGAGCGACCGGUGCAUCGACGAGUACGCGGAGAGCAUCUGGAACGUCGAGCCUCUUGCGGUUCGGGAGUAG